AUGAAUAACAAUGACCUAGUACCAGUCAACUUUAAUGCUUAACAACUUGCAUUUCCAUUGUAUAUUCCUCAGUUAAUGAAUUCCCAAUAAAUCUUUUUUCCCUUCAUGUAUUACUAGUUCCCAUACUUUUAACACUUGUAAGCACAAUAGACUGUAACAAAACCUAUUUAAUCAAAUGAAUAAGAAUAAAUAAAUAGUUGUUCUUAAUUUGUGUCAGUUAGUGGUACAAGAAUAAAGCUGAAUCUAAAAUUAAUUAAAGAGCUUCCAUAAUCCACUCCUACUACCAUUCAUGAUGAAAAUGAAUCAGAAUUAAAUAGUAAAUAGAUAGAUAAACAUUUCAAAAUUAUAAAAUAGAGUAAGCAUGUUAAAAGACAUAUUUCCACUCGUAAUGUGCACGUAAAUACAGAUUAGAUUAAUCAACCUUAUAAGUUCUAUUUCAGGAAAAAUGAUGGAUUCAUUCAUAUAGGAAAUGGACAUUAGACUGACCUAGUGAAAAACAAAUUCAAUUUCAAUAUGAUGAGAAUGAAAUUAAAAUAGUUUUAAGUUUGGGAUCAAAAGAAUAUCUCUUUAUGUAUGAAUGACUUUCUAUUUAGAUGAUGAAAUUAAACAACUUUUGAAUUUGACUGAUGAUAAAACAUUGUAAAUUUUAUAGUCAUACAAAAAUAUUAAGUUACUUCACAAAAAACUUAUGAGUGGAGAUCCAAUUGCAUAUGAGGAAGUCUAAAAUCUACUAAUUAAAAAAUAUAAUUAAUGA